CCCGCCUGACAUCCCUAGCUACAACCUUACUGUCUUUCCUCCAAAACCCAGAAGCCCCCAUGGAUACCUGCGAAGCAACAAACGUAUUGUUGUCAAAGAUCAAGAUUAUGGACUCAGAAAACGCCUCCAAAAUCCUGGGUUACAUCCUCAUACAAGGCCUUGCUGACAAUGAUUUGUUGUCUUUAGCUUUUGGCUCCCAAGCCCUUUUGCAAAACGUUGUUGUGAAAACCAAAACCCACCUGGAACUUUCGACGAACGCUUUAUCCACACAUUCUGAGACAUCCUCUCCUUCUCCGUUCAGUCCUAUAUCAAGACCUAGCAACAAUUAUAACCCAUUCUUACAGUCUUCUGCUCAAGCUAAUAAUUUUAUUGGUUUUGCGAAAAACCCAUCUCCACGUUCAUGGCCUGCUUCGGGCUUGACAAACAAGCCUAUUGCUGCCCCCAUUAGCGCAAAGGCAAGCCCUUUUUUGUCUUACGAUAAUAUAUGUGCUGGUUCACCUUUGGUGCCUCCAUUUUCUAAGAAUGGUGGUAAUAGCAGCGGUGAUGCUAGCAGUAACAGUAGUGAUUUACUUAAUGAGUAUCACUUAGGUGGAUAUUCUCCGUUUAAUGAUGAGCUCUCUCCGGAAAAUGAGGAAUUAAUGGACCCAAUGUUACAAUUUGAUGGUUUUAAUAUGAAUAAUGCGGAUACCCAUUUGGAAAGGAGGAGAUUCUCCGAGAGUGAUGCGUGUAUUGGUAUUGAAGAUGGGAGUUUUGGAAUUGGCCUUAAACCUUCUAUGUCCUUUGCUAGAGGGUUCUGCAAGAAUGGGGACAAUUGCAAGUUUAUCCAUGGUGGUUUUGAAGGUGAUAGUAUUACUGAGGGUAGUGGUGGCGGUGUCAUGGGGGUGUCACUGAAGGAAAUGGAUGAUAUAUAUUUGCAGCAACAUGAAGAAAAGAUGAGAAUCAAGUCUACACAACAGCAGCAAAGGUUGGCUUACAACAACCACAUGAAUUUUCAGUUGCGGCAAGAGAGUGAUACCCAAAGAAUGGGGGCAGCAUCAGUGAUGAUGGGUGAUGGAUGUUACAAGUUUGGCCAGUCCCGUUCUGAAAGGAAUGACCUUAUGCUAAUGGCAAUGGAAGAAAAGGCAAAAUCAGCUUCUAGGCAGAUAUACUUGACAUUCCCAGCUGAUAGCACUUUCAAAGAUGAAGAUGUGUCAAAUUAUUUUAGCACUUUUGGACCGGUUCAAGAUGUCAGGAUUCCAUAUCAGCAGAAGCGAAUGUUUGGGUUUGUUACAUUUGUCCACCCAGAGACUGUGAAGUUUAUAUUAUCUGGGGGAAACCCUCAUUUUAUUUGUGAUUCACGAGUGCUUGUUAAGCCAUAUAAGGAAAAAGGGAAACUUGCAAACAAGAGGCAACAACAUAUACAGCAACAGCUAUUGGAUAAGGGGGAUUUUUCACCCGGUUCUAGCCCUUCUGGGCUUGAUCCUAGAGGGCUAUAUGAUUUUCCCCUUGCAAGAAUGCUCUACAAUACACAGGAGAUGAUGCUGAGAAGAAAGCUGGAGCAGCAAGUUGAGCUUCAACAAAAAAUGGAACUCCAAGGGAGAAGGUUGAUUAAUCUGCAACUUCCAGACUUGAGGGGAGAUUAUUUUCAUCAUCACCAGCAAAGUCAGUCUGCUGGGACACCAAUUUCUUUUCUCUCUCACACUUCUAUUGAUAUCAAUCAAAAUCUUAUUUCUGAAGUCAAGAAUCGAGAUACCUUACAAGGCCGGCUCAUUAAUGACAAGGGUGACGCCUCAGCUACCACCAUUGCCUCUUCUUUUACCGUUGGUGAGCAGAAGCUAAAGCAUGAAGUAAAUACAACUUGCAUUCAGAGCAAAGAUACUGUCAAUGUUGAGAAGGAGAAACUCUAUAGCAUUCAGAGCAAAGAUACUGUCAAUGUUGAGAAGGAGAAACUCUAUCCUGAAGGAUGCAAUGCGAACGAAUGCCAUGGGACUACUGUAGAGCAUGGUCUCCCUGAUAGUCUGUUUGCUUCCACGAAGUCACUGGGAAGUCCAGGUCGAUUCUCCUCGCUUUUGGUAGAAUCUAAAGAUAGCACCAAGUUCCCUGGCACUUCAUCUUCUGAAAUUAGUACAUGAGUGCCCAUGAAUUCUACUAGUUUGUGGCUUCUCAUUGAUAUUGUGAAGUGCUAAGGUCCAUCCUUGCCUGAAUUUGCUAUUUUUGUAUAAUUCUGUCUUGCAUAUCCACUGGUAAGUUGUUAAUUCUGAUUCAUCAGUGCUUUGUUUCUGAUAUUUUCCCUCUUUUUUUGUUGGACAUGAAGGUAGUCAUGUAAGUAAUAAAGGUUGGCAUGACCAAACAGAUCAACCUUGCUAGGGUAAG